CUUGCGACACCCCCCUCGUCCCCCCGAGGGCGGCGCGAUGGGAGACGAGAUGGACGCAAUGAUCCCGGAGCGGGAGAUGAAGGAUUUUCAGUUUAGAGCCCUGAAGAAGGUGAGGAUCUUUGACUCCCCGGAGGAGUUGCCCAAGGAACGCUCAAGUCUGCUUGCCGUGUCCAACAAGUAUGGCCUGGUUUUUGCUGGUGGAUCCAGUGGGUUGCAGAUUUUUCCUACUAAAAAUCUUCUUAUUCAAAAUAAACCUGGAGACGAUCCCAAUAAAAUAGUUGAUAAAGUUCAAGGCUUGCAAGUCCCUAUGAAAUUCCCCGUGCAUCACCUGGCCCUGAGCUGUGACAGCCUCACACUCUCUGUGUGCAUGAUGUCCAGCGAGUAUGGUCCCAUUAUUGCUUUUUUUGAUGUUCGCACCUUCUCAAAUGAGGCCAAACAGCAGAAGCGCCCAUUUGCCUAUCACAAGCUUUUGAAAGAUGCAGGAGGCAUAGUAAUUGACAUGAAGUGGAACCCCACUGUCCCCUCCAUGGUGGCAGUGUGCCUGGCUGAUGGCAGCAUUGCUGUCCUACAAGUCACAGAAACAGUGAAAGUGUGUGCGACUCUUCCUUCUACAGUAGCAGUAACAUCUGUGUGCUGGAGCCCCAAAGGAAAGCAGCUGGCAGUGGGGAAGCAGAAUGGAACUGUGGUCCAGUACCUUCCGACUUUGCAGGAAAAAAAAGUCAUUCCUUGUCCUCCGUUUUAUGAGUCAGAUCAUCCUGUCAGAGUUCUAGAUGUGCUAUGGAUCGGUACGUACGUCUUCACCAUAGUGUACGCCGCUGCCGAUGGGACCCUGGAAACAUCUCCAGACGUGGUGAUGGCUCUGCUUCCGAAAAAAGAAGAAAAGCACCCGGAGGUGUUCGUGAACUUCAUGGAGCCCUGCUACGGCUGCUGCACGGAGAGGCAGCACCACUACUAUCUGAGCUACGUGGAGGAAUGGGACUUAGUGUUGGCGGCAUCUGCGGCUUCCACAGAAGUUAGCAUCCUUGCUCGACAGAGCGAUCAGGUUAAUUGGGAAUCUUGGCUCCUAGAGGAUUCUAGCCGAGCUGAACUGCCUGUGACAGACAAGAAUGAUGACUCCUUGCCCAUGGGUGUGGCCAUAGAUUAUACUAACCAGGUGGAAAUUGCCAUCAGUGAUGAGAAGACCCUCCCUCCUGCACCAGUUCUCCUGUUACUUUCCACAGACGGUGUGCUCUGUCCCUUUUACAUGAUCAAUCAAAACCCUGGGGGCAGGUCCCUCAUCAAGACUCCGGAGCGACUGUUGUUAGAAGGAGAGCGACAGCCCAAGGCAUCAGGAAGUACUCCCACGACCCCAACCUCCCAGGCCCCGCAGAAACCCGAGGCCUCAGCAGCCGCAGCUCCUGCCUCUGCCCCUGUCCCACCUUCCCUGCCGGCUGCUCCCACCCCCGCCUUCUCUCUGCCCUCUGCUGUGGGGGCCCCUGCCCUGUUCUCCUUUGGUUCUCCAUCUUUGAAGUCAUCUGGCUCUGCCACCGGGGAGCCCCCUCCAUACCCCAGUGGCCCUGACACUUCCAAGGCAGCGGCGGGCUCUGGCGCGGCUGCCUUCUCCUUCGCGCCUCCUCAGACCCCGCUAGCGCCACCUGCCGGGGCCUCUCCCUUGGCGCUCGCAGCAGCUUCCUUCUCCUUUGGCUCAUCGGGUUUUAAGCCGACCCUGGAAAGCACACCCAUGCCAAGCGCAUCCACUCCCAGCAUCGGAAUGAAGCCUUCCUUCCCUCCCUCAGCCUCUGCAGUCAAAGUCAACCUCAGCGAAAAGUUUACCACCGUGACUGCCUCCGCCCCCGCUAGCAGCGCUCAGAGCACACCCAUGCCGUUCUCUGCCUCCAAGCCAGCCUCCUCGGGACCACUCAGCCACCCCACGGCCCUCUCAGCAUCGUCCGGCUCCACGUCCUCCAAGUCCUCAGUCUCCCCCUCAGCGUCAGGGCGCUCUGCUCAUGGCGGUCCGGGUCCAGCGUCCUCAGUGGGGCAGAAGUCACCCAGGAUAACCGCUCCGGUGGCAAAGUCAGGCUCUCCCCAGGCAAAGUCGCUUCUGCCUCCUGCAGCAGAAAAGCAGGGACACCAGUGGAAAGAGCCCGACCCUGUGAUAGUCGGAAUUGGAGAGGAGAUCGCGCACUUCCAGAAGGAGCUGGAGGAGCUGAAAGCUCGCACUUCAAAAGCCUGUUUCCAGGUGGGCACUUCUGAGGAGAUGAAGAUGCUGCGGACGGAGUCGGAGGAGCUGCACACCUUCCUCUUGGAGAUUAAGGAGACCACAGAGUCUCUUCAUGGAGAUAUAAGUACCCUGAAAACAACUCUACUUGAGGGCUUUGCUGGUGUUGAAGAAGCCAGAGAACAAAACGAGAGGAACCGCGACUCCAGAUACCUGCAUUUGCUCUACAAGAGACCGCUGGACCCCAAGAGUGAGGCACAGCUCCAGGAAAUCCGGCGCCUUCAUCAAUAUGUGAAAUUUGCUGUCCAAGAUGUGAAUGAUGUGCUAGACCUGGAGUGGGACCAGCACCUGGAGCAAAAGAGAAAACAAAAGCGCCUGCUUGUGCCAGAGCGAGAGACGCUGUUUAAUACCCUGGCCAACAACAGGGAGAUCAUCAACCAGCAGAGGAAGAGGCUGAACUGCCUGGUGGACAGUCUCCAGCAGCUGCGCCUUUAUAACCACACUUCCCAGUGGAGCCUCCCCUCGGAGGCCCCCUCCCAGAGCAGUACUCACAGUUUUGACAAUGACUUGGAAAGUCUGCGUAAUGCUUUGUUGAAAACCACCAUAGAGUCUCACACCAAACCCUUGCCGAAGGUACCAGCUAAACUGUCCCCUGUGAAACAGGCACAGCUGAGAAACUUCUUGGCCAAGAGGAAGACCCCACCAGUGAGAUCCACUGCUCCAGCCAGCCUGUCUCGGUCGGCCUUCCUGUCUCAGAGAUACUAUGAAGACUUGGAUGAGGCCAGCUCGACAUCAUCCAUCUCCCAGUCUUUGGAGAGCGAGGACACACGGGCACCCUGUAAAGAUGACGAUGCCGGGGUGCCGGUCCCUCGGCACGCCCCCGUGGUCCGCACACCCUCCAUCCAGCCCAGCCUCUUGCCCCAGGCAGCAGCUCCGUUCCCUAAGUCUCACCUGAGUCCACCUGGUCCACCUGGCGUAAUGGGAGCUUCAGUGUCUACUUCUGCCAGCAAAAUCAUUCCUCAAGGGGCCGACAGUACAAUGCUUGCAACAAAAACCGUGAAGCACGGUGCGCCGGGUCCUUCCCACACCAUCCCAGCUCCCCAGGCGGCCGCUGCGGCAGCACUGAGACGGCAGAUGGCCAGCCAGGCACCAGCUGUAAGUACUUUGACUGAGUCAACUUUGAAGACUGUCCCUCAAGUGGUAAACGUGCAGGAACUGAAGAAUAACCCUUCACCCGCCUCCGCGGCGAUGGGUUCCCCCGCGUCGCACUCUGCAGCCAGAACACCUCCCCCGGUGCUGACCCCCGUGGCUGCCAGUAACCAGGCCAAGCAGGGAUCGCUCAUAAAUUCCCUAAAGCUGUCUGGGCCCACAUCAGCCUCCGGCCAAUCGUCAUCUGGUGAUAAAGCUUCAGGGCCGGGGGCAACAAAGACAGAAACCGCUGUGACUUCCACCCCACCUGCUGCUGGGCAGUUCAGCAAGCCUUUCUCGUUUUCUUCAUCAGGGACUGGCUUUAAUUUCGGGAUAAUCACACCAACGCCAUCUUCUACUUUCACUGCCACACAAGGGGCAACACCCCCUGCUAAAGAGCCCAGCCAGCCUGACACAUUCUCGUUCGGCGGGGCAGGCAAACCUUUACCUGAGACCAUUCCUGAAAGCUUGGCUCCCUCAGCAGUGACAGCCGCAUCUAGCUCCACUGGAGCCACCAGUGUCCCUCCAGGAGAGCCGGCCCUGUCGGGCAGCAGGCCUGCAGCACCUGCCGGAGUUGCGCUCUCCAGCCCCACCAGCAAGCUGGAGACUCCGCCAGCCAAGUCGGGGGAGCUCCUGUUUCCAAGUUCUUUGGCCGGCGAGACUCUAGGGAGUUUCUCAGGACUGCGGGUCGGCCAAACAGAUGAUGCCACAAAGGCCGCCAGUAAGGCUCCCCCCACUAGCCUGGGCAGUGCCCCGCCAGCCAGGACUUCCCUCGUCCCCACAGGGUUUAGCUUUGCUAGCCCUCCUGUGCUGGGGAAGCCUGUGGAGCCUCCUGCGACCUCCGCUGUGACCACCACCACGGGUGUGCCAGCAGCCAGCACUAGCACCAGCGGUGCCUCGACUGGUGUCUUUGGCGGACUGCCCCUCACCAGCGCAGGGUCCCCUGGGGUCAUUGGCUUUGGUGGGCUAUCUCUGAGUGGCAGCAAGACUAGUUUGUCAUUUGGAAGUCAGCAGACGAACAGCACAGUGACCCCAUCUGCCCCACCGGCAGCCACCACUGCCACUCCCCUUCCCACCUCGUUCCCCAUGUUGUCGUUUGGUGGCCUCCUGAGCUCAACAUCUGCUCCCACGCUCCCUGUGUCCUCUGCUAAAAGCACAGAGGAAGCAACGUCACCCUCUUUGCCUGAGAAGCCAGGCACCAGUGAAGUCUCAGCACCGGGAGCCUCACUUCUGGGGCCCCAGCAGUCAGCGCUGCUUCCCCAGGCUCCUCUGCAAACUUCUGACCCCGUUAAGAAAGAGCCUGCUCCUGCCCAGCCCACAGUCGGCAGCCCCGGUGCCGUGGUACCAAGUACCAGUCUCUUGGCACCCCCUGCAGAGGCCACACCAGCAGCCACCGGGGUCCCUGACGUCAAGACAGAACCGGUACCUCCUGCUGCCUCCCUCUCGGUGCCCGGGCAGACUGCCGUCACGGCAGCCGCGGGUAUAGGCCCUGUGGCUGCAGAAACGCCAGGACCCCCCGCCACCUCCAGCACCAGUCCCAGUGCUGCUCCGAGCCCCGCUGCAGAUGUGGUGGUGUUUGGGACUGUCACUUCUGGCUCCUCCGUCUUCACUCAGCCACCUGCUGCCAGUUCUAGCUCAGCUUUCAGCCAGCUCACCAGCAGCACAGCCACCGCGCCCUCGGCCACCCCUGUGUUUGGGCAGGUGGCGGCCAGCACGGCUCCAAGCCUGUUCGGGCAGCAGACGGGCAGCAUAGCAAGCACGGCAACCGCCACGCCACAGGCCAGCAGCGCGGGGUUCGGCAGUCCUGCCUUCGGCACCUCGGCCGCGGGGGUCUUCGGGCAGACGGCCUUCGGACAGGCCCCUGCCUUCGGGCAGUCGACGAGCAGCCCGGCGAGUGGCUUCUCCUUCAGCCAGCCUGGCUUCAGCUCUGGGUCCGCCUUCGGCCAGUCCGUGUCCCCCCCUGCCACGUCCACCAGUGGGAAUGUCUUUGGUACCUCCUCCAGCGCCAGUAGCUCCAGCUCUUUCUCGUUUGGUCAGUCUUCUGCUGGCACAGGCACGGGAGUGUUUGGCCAGAGCAACCCGCCUGCCUUUGGGCAGAGCCCUGGCUUUGGGCAGGGAAGCUCUGUGUUCGGUGGCACCUCGGCCGCCACCACAACAGCAUCAUCCUCUGGGUUCAGCUUUUGUCAAGCGUCAGGUUUUGGUUCCAGUAACACUGGUUCUUUGUUUGGCCAAGCAGCCAGUACUGGUGGGACACUCUUUGGCCAGCAGCCAUCGUCCAGCGGUGGGGUGUUCGGGUCUGGAAGCACUGGACGAGGGGGCGGUUUCUUCAGUGGCCUCGGAGGGAAACCCAGCCAGGAUGCAGCCAACAAAAACCCAUUCAGCUCGGCCAGCGGGGGCUUCGGAUCCACAGCCACCCCAAAUACCUCUAACCUGUUUGGAAACAGUGGAGCCAAGACAUUUGGUGGCUUCACCAGCUCGUCAUUUGGAGAGCAGAAGCCUGCUGGCACCUUCAGCUCUGGAGGAGGAAGUGUGGCAUCCCAAGGCUUCGGGUUCUCCACUCCAAACAAAACAGGUGGCUUCGGUGCUGCUCCAGUGUUUGGCAGCCCUCCUACUUUUGGGGGAUCCCCUGGGUUUGGAGGGGUGCCAGCAUUCGGUUCAGCCCCAGCCUUUACAAGCCCUCUGGGCUCGACGGGAGGCAAAGUGUUCGGAGAGGGUACUGCAGCUGCCAGCGCAGGAGGAUUCGGGUUCGGAAGCAGCAGCAGCACCACGUCCUUCGGCACCCUCGCCAGUCAGAACGCACCCACCUUCGGGUCGCUGUCCCAGCAGACCCCAGGGUUCGGGACCCAGAGCGGGGGGUUUUCCGGCUUUGGAUCAGGCACCGGAGGAUUCAGCUUUGGUUCAUCCAACUCGUCUGUCCAGGGCUUUGGUGGCUGGAGAAGCUGAGUGGGUGUCGGUGCUCCUUUCGGUUCCUGUGACCAGCUGCGUCCUCAGCUCCUUGUCACCGAGAAGCACGGAAGCAGCCCUUUAAAGUGGACGUUCUUGUAGCGCGCCCAGAGGCAGAAACAGAACUCGCAGAUGCUCUUGGUUUUUAUUUCAUGUUGUUGUUCCCCCUCCACCCCUAUUAAACUGGUUCAUUUGCGUACAGAA